AUGGAUGGUAAGGAGGAUAUGAUCUACCUUUGUUGGCCGGAGUCUCUUCUUUUUCGGAGAUGUGACGGAGACGCUACCGGUGCUUUCGGUAGUGUCUUGAGCGGGGAUAUCGGGUCUUCGUUCAGCGUCCGCUUCACAUCCGAGGAGUUCAUUCAGCAAGCGAAUCACCCUCGCAGCUACUGUUUUCUCUUUUUGAUUCUAAGUAUGGCAGCUUCGGCAACAGACGGUACACAGUUUGAUGCUCGUCAGUUUGACGAAAAGAUGGAAUUGCUCCAAGUUGAUGGCCAAGAGUUCUUUACUUCUUAUGAUGAGGUUUAUGAUAGUUUCGAUGCUAUGCAGCUGCAGGAAAACCUUCUCAGAGGCAUUUAUGCCUAUGGUUUUGAGAAGCCCUCAGCCAUCCAGCAGAGGGGCAUAGUCCCUUUCUGCAAGGGCCUUGACGUAAUUCAGCAGGCUCAGUCUGGAACUGGGAAAACUGCCACUUUCUGCUCGGGAAUUUUGCAACAGCUCGACUAUGGCCUGACUCAGUGUCAGGCCUUGGUUCUUGCUCCUACCCGAGAACUCGCUCAGCAGAUUGAAAAGGUCAUGAGGGCCCUAGGGGACUAUCUUGGUGUGAAGGUUCAUGCUUGUGUUGGUGGGACCAGUGUACGUGAGGACCAGAGGAUUCUUUCUGCUGGGGUCCACGUUGUUGUGGGUACACCUGGCCGUGUGUUUGACAUGCUCAGGAGGCAGUCACUUCGUGCUGACCAUAUCAAGAUGUUUGUGCUGGAUGAGGCUGAUGAGAUGCUUUCUCGCGGUUUUAAGGAUCAGAUUUAUGACAUAUUCCAGCUUCUGCCCGCCAAGGUCCAAGUCGGUGUCUUCUCCGCCACCAUGCCACCCGAGGCCCUAGAAAUCACCCGCAAGUUCAUGAACAAGCCUGUACGAAUCCUGGUCAAACGUGAUGAGUUGACCCUCGAGGGUAUCAAGCAAUUCUACGUGAACGUCGAGAAGGAGGAGUGGAAGCUCGAGACUUUGUGCGACCUUUACGAGACUUUAGCCAUCACACAAAGCGUGAUAUUCGUCAACACCCGAAGAAAGGUUGACUGGUUGACCGACAAGAUGAGGAGCCGAGACCACACAGUCUCGGCCACUCAUGGUGACAUGGACCAAAACACGCGUGACAUCAUCAUGCGCGAGUUUCGCUCGGGCUCGUCUAGAGUCCUCAUUACAACUGACCUUUUGGCUCGUGGGAUUGACGUGCAACAAGUGUCCCUUGUGAUAAACUAUGAUCUCCCGACACAGCCCGAGAACUAUCUGCACCGUAUCGGGAGAAGUGGGAGGUUCGGGAGGAAAGGUGUGGCUAUUAACUUCAUGACUAAGGAGGAUGAGAAAAUGCUUCACGAUAUUCAGAAGUUUUACAAUGUGGUGGUUGAAGAGCUACCGUCGAACGUGGCUGACCUGCUUUGA